GCGGAGAUGGAGACGUAGAGUAAGAUGGCGAUGCCCGGGUGAAAGUCGUGUAUGUUAGUGACGCGUGUGUAUUUAUUUCAAGUGUGUAUAUAAUCAGUUAAAAGAUAACUUUUAAUGAACCGUUAAGUUCACAAUGGACUUGUACUUCAGGAUUAUAUAGUGCUAGUUUCUGGUGCACACAACGAGGCAGUGUGAUCUUAAUUACAGUGCUGUCUCAUCAUUGAUCAUUUGCUAAAGAUGAAUCCUAAAUUAUAGAAACAUUUUGUUAGCUGCAGUAAGUGUACUACAUUCAAACGAGGUAGAUAACAUAGUGAUGCAAUAAUUUGAUAAGGUAUCCAGACAGUGUUUUUGUUCGACUCGAAUAUCCGUGUAAUCUCACUUACAGAAUUAAGUAGUCUCCGAAUUGUUAAAUACACAUUUCUUUACAUAAUGGAGCAAGAUCAACAACAGAUGCGAAAUUUGCGUGAUUUUCUCCUGGUCUACAACAAGAUGACCGAUAUCUGCUUCAGCCGCUGUGCGAGUAACCUGAGUUAUAGGACGCUCACCAUGGAUGAGGAGAGCUGCCUGGAUAGCUGUGCUGGGAAGCUCAUUCGUUCCAAUCAUCGUCUGAUGGGAGCUUACGUGAAGCUAAUGCCGACCAUCGUGCAACGUAGACUGGCUGAGUAUGAGAAAAAGGCUGGAGAAUUACCACAGGCUGCAGAGGGUACCUCUCUGCCCGACUCGAAUGCCCCACUGCCCAUCCAGCAGAGUAACCUCCAACCUGCAGACACAAACCAACAGGCUCCUAUCACACCUCCAUCAGAAGUGACUGCAUCCCCUGGGAGCUAGAAAACAGGCACGACUGUCCUGCACAACAGCCCAGGACAAAUGGGUUCUGCAGAUCGUGCGCAGGCCUGCCAAAGUGACGUGUAAUCAGGACUCCACCGUUAGAAAGACAGUGCCUUUAAGCCCAAGGCUGUCUCUGUUUUUCCAAUCCUUUUGUCCCUCUGUUUGUUUGCAAGUUAUGUUAUCAGUGGAAAUGUAAACAGUAAUGCUUCAAGUAAAGGUGGACUAUUUCAGAUACCUCAUUGGCUAUAAAGUAGUGAUGGGCAAUGAAAUGAAAAAUAUUAAGUACGAUGUCAAGCUGAAUUUUGUAUUAUUUUGAGAUGUGUUUUGAUGUCUGAACAGUUUAUAUGAUGUCUAUCCCGUUUAUAAUACCGAAAGUUCACAUUUAAACCAUGUUGAUGAAUACAUUAAUACUCGCAUAAGUAAUCACAUACACAAAAUUCAAUGAAAUGCUGACGCGUGCGCAUCUCUCAAAAUAAUACAAAAUUCUGCAGGACACCAGACACACCAAUAAUAGUGCCAAACUUAAUGCAGCAUGCAAAUAGCGUUUGGUACCUAAAGACCAAUCAAUGGACUACAAUGGUUAAAUAAUACUUUAGUGU